AGGAUGUAGAGAUUGCCGCGCACCCGAUUUAGCCGGCUACUACCUCUGGCGGUCAACUGUCAGUCCACGCAUGUCUCAUACCUACUGGCGGACCACUCCACUGAUCUUCCCAUAUCCAUCGAACUCCGCUCAGAUGGCUCUAGCGAGUGAUGCUGAGUGUUUCGCGCGUACGCACAAAUUUUAAAAGUCAGUGAAGAAAAUUGUCAGUCAUUGUUACAACAUUUGGGUAGAGAACAGUUCAAAGAGUAACACGAGUUACAACUAUCAGGUGUAUCUAGGUUUCAACUUUGAAUAUUAUUCAAGUGAUCUUCGGUGGUAAAAUGAUGGAGCCGAGCGAAAACACGGAGAGUGUGGCUCAAUUCGUCGAUCCACAUUUCAUAAAACGCUAUGAAGUCCAAUUAGAUGCUAAGAUAGCUGCUCUAGAAUCAUCGAUAGAAGAGGCUGAAGCGAACAAUGCUACGUUCAAAGAGAACAUUCGGACCAAACAUGCAAUAGUUAAGGAGAUGAAGAAUAAGAUAGUCGAACGCGAAAAGAGUCUUGUGGAAAGGAAAAAAAAUCUAGAUAGCAUGCAGUGCAUUAACAACGAGCUCGCAGAACAUACGGCGAUGCUGAAAGCGGACGCUGAUAAAUACGAACAAGAAACCGCGGUCAUCGCUGCAGGGCACACAGAAGUUCUGAACAAUGCUCACAUUAAGUGGGAAACCUAUAAGAAAAAUUACGAGCGACUACCGCAUGUGAUGGCCAGAAUAAAGGAAGACAUCAAGUUGAAGCAAAGUAAAAUACAUCUAGGGAUGAAACGGUAUAAACUUGAAGAGCUCAAAAAGCAGAUCGCGCAGCGCAUUGCGAUAGACGAAAUGCGAAGGAAUCGUUCUAUUAUCGAAUGUGCUGUGCUCAGGGAUGCCGGAAAAAUCGGUGAUGCAAAGUUACGCGGGAUUCUGGACACUCAGAAUGAAUUGAAAAAAGCAUUAGCUCUGCAAGAAAUCACGGUAACUCUGAUUUUCAUCAUUGAUCCUUCCAUAAAAAGAUUUUCCAUGCGGUUUGCAUCCAAAUAUUGUCUUUUUACUGUGAAGAUUGAGACACUGAAAAAGCAGAAGAAGGACCAAUCUGCUCAAAAGUGUACGACGGUAACUUCAGCCACAAAAAUCAAAGUUGAUAGAGUUUUGGACUUCGGAAUGUUAAAUAUACCGCGCCUUGAAAUCCCACGUGGAAUCACCCCAGGAGCCGAUUUAUCGUCGAUACCAAUAUUGGAUACCUGCCUCGACAAUGCAGAUAACGUCUCCAUGUCUAGCACUUUAUUCGCGGAACUUUUAGAACCGAUAAAUGUUCGAGAUGCUAAGACCAACGCUGAGCGGCUCGCUGCAGUCCCACCAGGUCUUUCAUCCGACAAGAUCGAAAACUUUCGAAGCCCAUCCACGGUUCUACCCCCCCAGAAUUACCGUAUCGGUGAAAAAUCAAGCGUAGCUGCAGAAAUUGCAACUGGAGAUCAGAAAACGACCUACGGUAAUAAAAUAGGAAAGCCCGAGAAAUCAACUGCUGGACAACACGUAAUUUCUGAGGAGAAAGAAGUGGAUGAAGAGGCGUUCGAUUAUCCCUUGAGCGGCAAACUCGCUCAGGAACCACCAGCACCGUUCGAAAAAGAUCUAGCGAGACGAGUAAACGAAGGCGAGGCAACUCCGGUUAGUCGAAAUCUUCCACAAAUAACGGACAUCGAGAACGUCAAGAUAAUACUGCCGCCGCGAACUCCGGUCAUGCAAUACAUGGCCCCCAGUUCAAUUGAUAAUUCAGCAUAUAGCGUGGAAUUUAAUCCAAACUCCAGCCAGCCUCCCAGUAAUUUUACCGAAGGGCCUUCCUCGCCGACAGGUUUGGGAGAUGCGGAUUACGGCUCGAUGUUUCUCGAAUCCGAGACUUCGCAGCAGUCAGAGGACAUGAUAAAAAAGCUUCGCAUCAUGUUCUCUCCCCGGUCAAGAAACUAUAACAAUUUGGAGCGACAAGCGAGUCCUACGGAGAAGGAACCACCGCGAGACGGAAUCUCCCACACCAAUAUUGCAAAGCCCCAAACUGCAGGAAAUCCAGGCAUAUUUGGAGACAUGACUAAAUUUGGGACGUCAGCUGUCAACCCGGAUAAAAAGAAAGAACCACUUUUUUUGAAUAUGUUUCGCUAAAUAAAUCAGAGCGGAUGCUGUGCUAACAAGGAUUCGAGAUGAAUUCUUAAAGUACACAUAGUAAUCAUCAUAUUAUAUGCAUAAUAAUUUAUUGUCAUUGAAAAAUAAGAAAAAUGUUUCAGUUUAAUAAACACAUAUGACAUAAAAUGUACCUUCAAUCGCAGAUAUUACACAUACUGAUCUUGAAUAAUAUCCACACUUUUUGGAAUAAAAAUGUAAUAAAGGAAAAUGGUGGGUUUUAUCAACUUUCAAUAAACCUGGAAGCUUCUUCAUUUCGCUAUUUUGGUAAGACAACCAGAACAGUACGAUGAAGGAUCGAUGAUCGUUCGUUCUUAGUGAAAACUUGAAUCAAAGUAAAUUCCCGCAAUAUCAUUGGGAAUUAUCUCGAAACCGGGAAUUCUCCCACUUUCUUGAAAUUAUCUUUGAUCUUGUCAAUCCUGCUUAAAUCGCCAUGCAGUUUACUACCUUCCAUAAAAUUAAAUCUUGCGGAUUAGAACUCGUGGAUGUUUGCAAUAAUCUACAUGAUAAUAUGUUUGUUUGGAAUUAGGUAUUCCUUA